CACCGCUGCGCGCGCGAGUGGUUUUGUACUCGGUGCUUCGGUUGCUCGUGGUUUACGUGCUGCUUCACUUGUCGUUGCGCCUGCACCAAAAACUAUUCAGACUGAGCAAAUGACGUGGCUACUGGCUCUAGGACUACUCGCUGUCAUAGGAGGAGUGCAUCCAGCAACAACAGGAUGCAAGAACUGCAUAACGCUUGGCAAAGAGGAGAAGGCGAUGUUCCGUGCCCACUCCGACGCCUGCCUGCCCCAAUCCCAAGUGGACCCGAAGUUGGUGGAGGGGAUGCUCAGCGGCGAGCUGACGGACGACCCACGGCUCAGGAAACACGUAUACUGCGUCCUGCUCAAGUGCAAGGUGCUAGACAGUUGCUCUGACCAGAGCGGAGAUACUCCCGAGGACUUGGCAUGGAACAUCUUCAGGUGCGGAUACGACAAGAAGGCGGUCCUGUUCGAGUACAUGCCCACCAGCAUCGCUGCAACUGACGUAGAAAACAAUUAAAUUAAACCUGCCAUCCGCGUAGAUUUUCUGGUUCGCCGAUAGAUGGCGUUGUUUUUAAUUUCAUCUUAAUCGUCCCAUUUUGUGAACUCGUUUUAUAUUCGC